CCGCGCAUUAUUGAAGCACACAAGCGCCUGGUAGGAUUUAGGAUUACAUCCCGAAGCUGUAGUUUACAUUUGCAAGAAGGUAAUCGAGCGAAAAACCUCUGUAUAUCACCAUCAGGGGGUUCAUCGUUUUCUUCUUUACAAGGACAAACAUAUAGACUUUCAAAUGCCAUAUUUGCAAUUCGUGGCCAUCUAUAAAUCACUGAUCUAAAACAAAACAAAAACAAAGCCUUAUACAACCCCAGGCUUCUCUCCAGCUGUAGAAGUUUCCUGGUGGAUUUAAUGGACGCCUCCAUGGACAUGUGGGUCAUCCUGCUUUCUGUUCUUUCCACCAUCAUUGCUGGGUUUCUCACAGCUGUUUUAUUUAAAGGAAAUCAAUCAGGGUGGGGAAAAACAAGAUCAGGAGAGGCGUUUCCAGCUUGCAAAGAGAAACAGGAGACCACCACCACCACCACCACCAUCUCCAAGAAAGCACCCACAGGACAUGGAAUCUCCCGAGACGAAUCCGAUCGUGCAGCACAGACAGAUGAAGACCUGCAGGAUGAACCAUGUUCAAGAGAGAUGGUUGAGGCGGAAUGCAAUCAAACCGAGUCAAAGAUGGACGAGUCUUUAUAUUAUUCUGAAGUAAACAGGAUGGCUGAUGAGGAUCAAGCCCUAAGGUACAUGCCUGGUAUGUUGCGCACAAGCCAGCUGGAGAAGAUGAUGAGUAAAGAAGAACUGGAGGAAGAACAAAGAGUCCAGCGGGAGCAACUCUCCGCCAUCCUCAAACUGCUCAAAGAAAACCAGGACACGUUCGGGGAGGUGACUGAGAAAGACAUGGAGGAACAGCUGAAGCUUUACUCUAUCUAAAAAAAAAAAGAACUACACCGUACCCUAGUCUGUCAUGGCGGAAAUGGAAAGUUAAGAAUGUUGCUUCAGUUGCAAAUGCAAAUAAUUCUGAUGGCCACCAUAGGAGGAUAUGCUAAUAAAGCUCACUGUGUUUUAGACUUCAACUGUACACAAUUUUUAACCUUGUUAGGAAUAUUAUGAAGUAAAUAUUGGGUGUAGAUACUUAUUUGUGUGUUUAUAUACAGUAUAUACACUGCAAGGUCCAAUAAAGUCACCACAUGGAUUUGACUAAGCAAACAGA